UAGGCAGGCAGGUGAUGUAGCGAGCGAGCAAUGCACAGGCUCUCUCUCUUUCUCUCUCUGUGGCUGAGGCUGCUUACUAAUUCGAAAACAACACGCUGCUAGCAGCAGAAAGAGAUAAGUGAGGGGGCUGUGUGUUAGUGGAGUAGAACGGAUGGACAGAACAGCACCGGACAUUGUCAUGGUUCUUUCUCUCUCAUUCUCUUUUUCUCUCCAGUCUCUGUAAUGACUGUAAUUGCUGUUGGUUGGUCAGUGUUGGGAUUUGCAGAGGAAGGUGCCGUAGUGCAGAUCUGCGUUGCCUAGGACAAGGAGGGACCGUCUCUCUGUUUCUAAGCCAUAUUACAGGAGGCACAGUUACUGCAGGGCUUCUUUCUCUGUCAUUGACUUGUGAUUGGGGACACCCACCAUGGAGGCCCCGCUUGUGUGCCUGGAUGAGGAGUUUGAGGACCUCAGGCCCUGCCGGGUAGAGGACAUGCCCCUCAGCCGAACCCCUUACAGCACCGCCCCCCUGGCCCCCAUGGCCCCCCUGGUCCCCAUCACCCGUGAGGACUUCUCCGAACUGGAGAACUUCUCUGAGAUGAUGAGUUUCAAGUCCAUGGAGGACCUGGUCAACGAGUUUGACGAGAAGCUGAAUGUCUGUUUCCACAACUACAACACCAAGACGGAGGGCAUGGCCCCCGUGCGCAACCAGUCUCACACCGAGGAGGACGAGGAGCGGCUGCAGGAUGAAGAUGUGUGGGAUGCGCUGAUGGAUAACUACGUCCCUUCCUCUGUCUCCAGCUGGGACAACCCCAACUCAGAAGGAUUCAACGGCAACCUCUCCGAACAGGAGAUUCAUGAAAAAGAGGAGGAGGAGAUGAACGAGAAGAAUGACAAUGCAAACUGCCUGAGCGAGGAGCCUCUCCUCACUGCUGAUCAGGUCAUUGAGGAGAUAGUUGAGAUGAUGGAGAACUCUCCGGACCCUGGUGAGACAGAGGAGGACGAGGAGGAGGAGAGUGGACACUCCUCACCCAAGACCAACCCAUCCCUUCUGGAAGAGAUCAGACAGCUGUCCCAGGCCUCCAAUAACAACAUGCCUUCUUAUGAAGGCUUGAGUGUGAUGCCCAGCUCGGCCCUGGUGGAGCUGCUGUGCCGGGUGGAGGCGGCCAUCAGGGAGUACUCCGAGGAGCUGGUCACCCAGCUGGCACGCCGUGACGAGCUGGAGUUUGAGAAGGAGGUGAAGAACACGUUCAUCACAGCCCUUAUGGAGGUGCAGAACCGCCAGAAGGAGCAGCGGGACAUGGGCAAGCGCAGGCGCCGGGUCGACAAGGGCCUCAGUCUGCAGGGUAACGCGAUAACCACGACCGUGAUUGGUGGUACACCUACUAUGAUCAACGCCUGCACAGACUCCAAGCCCGCCUCCAUGCCUACGAAGCGUUUCAGUAUGGAGGGUCUCUCCAACAUCCUGCAGACAGGCAUCAGACAGACAUUUGGCAGCACAGGGAUGGACAAACUGUAUCUAAACACGGUAAUUCCAUAUGAGAAGAAAGCAACUCCUCCAACUGUGGACGACCUUCAGAUGAUCACUAAUAUUCUUUAUGCCAUGAAGGAGGACAGUGAGAAGGUGCCUACACUGCUAACUGACUACAUAUUAAAAGUGCUGUGUCCUACUUAAAGAAUUCAAGCCAUGGGCUGCUGUCUGACGGAGACUUCGGAGGGGACUCUCCAAUCUGGCAACCCUCCACCCGUCCAAGCUGCAUGAGCUCCCCCCGCUUUCAUUGUCAGCCAUGGAUCGUUACCAUCUAAAACACUGUACCUUACUCAUCUAAUAAAACUACUCCUUUUUGCUGAGCUCACCUUGUCCUUCCUGCACACUAAGAUCCAUCCAGAGCCAAAAUGGCUGUCUCCUGAAUACUACUGUAUGGGGCCACUGUACCCCCACUGACAAACUGACUAACUGAUCUCUAUUCAGAGCAUGACAAGCAAAUACUGUCCAGUGACCACACAGUUAUACAGGGAUGAGUUUGUUUUGUUGAACAAUCUUUACAGAGAUGAUUUGAUGUUAUCAGAUAUUCACACGGCUAAGUUUUACUUCACUGUACCUCAGGCCCAGAGGGGUUUGGUUCUGAUGCCAUUUUGUCUGUAGACCCAAAUGUCACAUUGUAAAGAUUAUAGAGGAGUUCUGGGUUCAAGUCCAGGCUCUGUCGCAGCCGGCUGCGACCGGGAGACCCAUGGGGCGGCGCACAAUUGGCCCAGCG